ACAGCAUAACGCUAAACCCCAUUCGCACUUCCCUCGCCCUUCUGGAAUCCCUUUCCUAUUUGGAACCCAAAACCUCGGCAUAACGCUGCCAUACUCUUUCUGUAAUUGUUCUCUGUGGCGGCCGCCGGCGAAGCUAAAGGUCAGAGCACGGCGAGAGAAGAAAGUGUGCGUGUGAGAUAGAGAGAGGGGGAGUAGCAGGCUAUCCAUGGAGGUAGAGUACCCGGAUGACUUUCGAUGCCCGAUUUCACUGCAAGUGAUGAGUGACCCAGUGAUCCUCGCCUCCGGCCACACCUUCGAUCGCGUCUCCAUCCAGCGUUGGCUUGACUCAGGCCACCGGACUUGUCCGGUGACCAUGCUCCCUCUCCCCCCUCACUCACCUCUCAUUCCUAACCAUGCCCUCCGCUCCCUCAUCGCGAACUUCUCCCCCUUCAACGCCGGCGCCUCCCGCACGUAUUCGAUGUUGCCGGAGAAAGAAUCCCUUAUUUCUUCUCUCACUUACCCCGCAAACCCAGCCACACUCUCGCUUCUCCUUCGCCUCGCCAAAGAUGACCUCUCCUUCCGACACUCUCUCGUCAACUCUGGCGCUCCGUCUGUCCUCCUCCGUCACGCUGCUUCCUCGGAUUCGCACGACAUUCAAGGUCUUUCGCUUCGCAUACUCCUUUACCUAUCCUUGGACGGCGACGAUGCUCGCGUUGGCCUGGUCGCGGAUGGCGCCCUUGAUCCCCUAAUUCAUGUCCUCACUGUCGGAGGCCCCAACGCUGCCCUAGCCGCCACCACCCUCACCAGCCUUGCUAUGGUCGAGGUCAAUAAGUGCACAAUCGGCGCUCAACCAUUCGCUAUACCGAGCCUCUCUGCUCUCAUCCGCAGCGGCAAGGGGAGGGAACGCCGCGAGGCUGCUACUGCGCUCUACGAGCUCAGCAAGUUCCCGGAGAAUCGCCCUCGUGCUGUUCGCUCAGGCGCGGUGCCCUCUUUAGUAAGCUUUGUCAGUGAUGGCUCCGAGAGGGCAGUUGAGGUCCUGGGGUUGCUUGCGAAAUGUAGAGAAGGGCGGGAGGCUAUGAGGAAUGUCAAGGGUUUUGUGAAAGUUUUGGCUGGAGUUUUGCGGGAAGGUAGCGCAAGAGGCAUUGAGCAUGCCCUUUUGGUUCUGAAUUUGAUUUGUUCUGAUAGUGUGCAGAUGAGCCUGGAUGUAAAACAAGAGGGGGUCGAAGACAUAUGCUUCAUGCUGGUUGAAUUGGAUGAAGGGAAGGUUGGGAGGAAUGCUUUGAUGAUGAUUAGAACUUUGGAGAAGGAAGGAAUGAGCGGCCACUGUUGACUCUUGCUUUGGUUUUCUGCUUCAAAGAGAUUUGGCGUCAUAGUAGGCGGAGAUUUAGGAGGUGCAAUUGUGUUGCGCGUCAGGGACUUCAGCUGGGUUGUUAUGCUAUUUUUCUUCAAUUUGGAUGGAUUUAUCUCAUCUCGCAUAUGACCCUAAAAGUUUGAUUUAUUUGAGUUAUCCCUUUUAUACAUAGAACACAAAAGGUUGUUGAAACAACCAAGUGCAUAUUACCACUUCAUAACAAACUUCAUCAAAUCCCACCUCCUGUCAGUUAGAUCAAUUGUACUUCCUUUGUAACAAACCCUCCUAUAUAAGCAUGUAUUGGAACCUGAAAUCAGCAGUGAAUUUUUUCUCACACUCAAGUCUAUCAUUCUACAUCUUGCUGUGUUUCAGUUCACUAUCCUGGCAGUACCCAGCAUAUUGGUAAUGUGAAUUUAUAAUGAUUAAUUGAUGUAAAAUAUAGA